AUGGUUCAAGAGACAGUUGAGCAGGUUGAGAUGCUUAAGAUACGGCUUAGGGAAGCCCAUGACCGUCAGAAGAGUUAUGCAGAUAAGCGGCGUAAAGAUUUGGAGUUCCAGGUUGGCGACCUGGUAUACCUGAAAAUGAGGACAUUUCAGGGAGGAUCUAAGACUCGGAAGCUGAAGAAGCUUAAACCGAGAUAUAUGGGACCAUAUCCCAUUUUGGAGCGAAUUGGAGCAGUUGCUUACCGAUUGGAUUUAUCCGAAGAGUUAUCAGAUUUCCAUGACGUGUUUCAUGUUUCUGUUUUGAGGAAAGUCGUGAGAGAACCGGAGCUCAUUUUGCAGCAGCCGCCCAGUGACCUUGGUAGGAAUUUGCGUGCGCCGUGUCAGCCAGUAGAGCUAUUGGAUCGCCAAGUGAGAGCAGAUGAUGGUAUGAUGACUAUGUUGGUCAAAGUUCGUUGGGAGAGAGAUGGUAUUCAGGAGGAGACUUGGGAGUCCGAGCCCCAGAUGAGGAUUGAUUAUCCGGAGCUUUUCCGGGUUGACAUUGGGCAUGACAGCUUAUGA